GUAUUAGGGCAAUGGAGAUUAAUUAAAUAGGCCCACGUGGUUAGGGUUGAGCCCGUCCAAUGAGAACACACAGGUUCAUAGAAUUGGCAAAUCUCUCGGUAUGUAUAAUACGAGAGGAAGGAACUGAGUUUGCUUGUUCCUUAGCAGUAGUGGACAUGGCGGCACUCAGAAGACUUAUUAAGGGAGCCCCAAAACCAUCUUUCCUUGUUCCUCCAACCUUUCUUCUUUCCCACAGAGGUAUCGCCUCCAAGCUCUUCGUUGGAGGUCUGUCCUUUUAUACCACGGAGAAGGGGUUAUUAGAUGCAUUUUCUCAGUAUGGUCAAGUUAUGGAAGCCAAAAUUAUAACAGAUAGGGUUUCAGAUAAAUCAAAAGGUUUUGGAUUUGUUACUUAUGCAUCUGAAGAUGAAGCUGAGAAAGCUAUAGCUGAGAUGAAUGGUAAGGAUUUGAAUGGACGUGUUAUUUUUGUGGACUAUGCUAAACCCAAACUUGCUAUUGGAGGUGGAAUGCCCAUUGCAAGAGGACCUCCGGAUCCAGUAGAUACAUUACAUUUCAAAGACACAGGCAUUGAGAAUUAGAUCUAUCUAGUAGCCCCGAGGACUACACAUCAAUAGAAGCAAGAAGUCAUAGAAGUUAAGGUUUUAAGGUCUAGAAACCUAGUAAAGAGCACAGACUAAGUUACGUAGGUUGAUUUAGCUUUCUUAUAUUUGAUAUGAUUGCUUGUUUUAGUAGCAGAUACAUAAAGCUCUUUGCAAGGACAGUUAAGGAAGAUGGUCUUGUAUCUUAUAAAUUAUUCAUGUUGAUUUGCUUCUCUUUAUCCAACAGACUACAUUCCUUUUAACCAAGCUUAGUUUAAUGUUA